CGUAUAAUGCAAAUUUACCAUAUAUAAAGUGUGAUCUAAUAAAUGUUAGACAUAUUAUUAUUACAGUUAUCAUUUAAGGCAUUUUAAGCUUUAAAAGUGUUUGCAUUUUGAAAAAUAUCUUCAACUAAGGUUUGAAAAUGGCAAGAGCUUGUUGUAUAGAAGGAUGUUCUACAGCUAUAGAGGGUACUUUUUUUAAGUUUCCAAAUAGUCGAACCCUCCGUCGUAAAUGGAUGGAUGCAAUUACAACAAAACCUAACACCAAGAAGGUGAUAGAAGAUUCCUUGAUUUGCAGCAUACACUUUCUGAAAGAUGAGUACGAAGUCAUAAGGGGUAAAACACGCUUAAAAGCAAAAGUUGUGCCGAGUCUUUUUGUUAAACCCAAGUCUAAGUCUCCUGAUCCUAGUCCAACAAAAUUACACAAAAGUGAUGAUAAUGCACAUAGUACAAAGACUAGAACAAUAGAAAGUGCAGACUCAAACAAGUGCAUUCCUACGAAACCACCAGAUAAGGAUUCUAAUGCAAUGGACACAACAAAUGAUGAAACUACAAGAUCAGAUGAAUUCCAAAAAAGUUUAGAGCCAACAGCAAUAAAAGAAAUUAGUAGCAAUGUGGAAAAAAAUCAAAGAAUCCAGGAUCAUUCGGAUUUAGAGAUUAAGGACAUAGAAGAUAUAAUAACAAAUUAUCAUAUAAAACAGACCAUUCCAAACAAGAUACAUUCUCCAGAGAACAUAGAUGAGCCGAGUAAUCCUUCACAGAACAUGAAUAAUGGAAGCAUUAUAGAAAUUAAUGAUGAGCACGCCGAGCCACAGUUUAUAGAAAUAUCUGCUGAUAAAGGUCAGAAUGGUCAGCCGGACGGUCAAGAUUGUUUGAUGGUCUUGGAGAAUGUGCAAGUAGAGAUAGACCCCAACUUAAUGUUUCCGGAUUAUGAUGAUGAUAUUGAUGAGAAUUCGAAUGAUUCUGAUGUUAUUGACCUUGGAGAGAAGAAAAAUGACCCCAUAAGCUUGUUGACGUCCAGCGACGAGGACGAAGUGAUUAUCGAGGAACCGAAAAUUGAUACCGUGGAGGUGUCCGACGACACCGACGACGACGACGUGCCGCUCGUCAAACUACUCAAAACUAGGAAGUGCAAGGAAUCCUCGAAGAAGAACAGAAAGAGCCUCAACAUGCAGCAGGUGAUGUGGGGCGGCUACGAGUACUACUGCGUCCAGUGCCACUUCACCACGCACAGCUGGAGCGAGUACAGAAAGCACAAGAGCUCGCAUUCCACGGUGUUCGAGGUGUGCCAGCUCUGCGACUACACCACUGCCAGCAAGAGCCAGUUCGUCCGGCACAAGAGGAAGCACAAGUUCGAGAAGCGUUACCAGUGCCACCUCUGCGAUUAUAAAGCUAAACACCGCAUGAGUCUCUUAUACCACCUGAAGACGCACACGGCCGUCGGAAUAGAGUUAGAGAAGUGUUUCAGUCCCAGUGAUAAAGGUGAUUGCGUGGAACGUUUAAAACAAAAACAGAAGCACUAUAAGUGUGACGAGUGCAAGUAUAAAACAUUGAGGCGCUCCGAUCUCAAGCGGCACAAACGGAAGAUUCAUCAAGACUACGACGACGAUCAGGAUGUUGAUUAUACCCCGGGUUAGGUAUGUUUAUUCCGGUUCGGUUAUUGACUUAAAAUGUUCUAGCAGAGCUAUAAUGGUUACCGAUGAUGAGUUUUGGUCAACAAAUGUAGCUCUCCACCUUAACCCAUUUACCGCCGCUGUACCCAAUUGGGUACAUAUAGAAAAUUAAGGAUAGUUCAAAAUUUUGUGGUAUCACAUCUCAGAUUUUGAUUUUAUAUAUUUAAUUAAAGAUAAAGCUUCAACAUUUUUAUACUGGCAACCAAUUUAUUAAUUUUUAGUCAUAAGGUAGGUUUGAAACUUACAGUUUUGCAACCUGGAGGAGUAAGCUCAUAAAUUCUCUCUUUAUUUUAAUCGCAUAAUAUUCAACCACUUUAUGUGUUUAUUUUUUUAUUCAAUACAUUGUUAUCUAUACAAUAAAUAACAAGUUAAUGGUAGAUUAUUGAAAUAGACGGAAAAAUUGUGAUUCAAACACUACUGUACCUAGUUGGGUACAAUGGCCGAAUCCACUAGCAAAAAUUUGCCUUUUUUCAGAAUUGUGAAAUAAUGAGUUUGAUUAAUUUUAACAUCUUAUAUCGUUGUGAAUACUAAGGGAAAGCUAUUUUGUACUCUUUUUGUAAAUAACAAUUAUCAUAUACAUUCAGAAAACUCAUAACAUAGUGUAAAUGUCCGCUCUCUUAUACAUUUCUUUGUCUUGAAAUUACAGACGUUGUAGACAGAAAAACGCAGGUAAAAUAGCAGCUAAAAGAUUUUACAGUAACUAAACCUUGUAUGUGUAAGUACUCACAUACGGUUUUGCUUGAUCGAGCAAUCACGUA